AUGGCGUCCCAGGUACCCCCGUAUAUCUGCUCCAAGUGCAGGUGGACGACCUCAAUAGCAUGGACUCGAGUGCAUUCAUCACGCCCUUUUUCCACCACCCGUCGUCGGAAGCAACAGCAACAGGAACAGCAACCGCACCCACAAAUCCUACGACCUGCGACCGCACCAAAAGCCACGCCGGACGUGAAGCAUAUCCGUCAACAUGCCGAGCUCUAUGCCCAGAACUGUAUCGACCGCAACUAUGCAGCGCAUGCAGAAUACCCGUCGAGGAUACAGAAACUCGCCGACGAGGCGCGGCAACUCGAUCAGGAACUCAAGUCACCGCGCUCGCAGAUCAAACAACUUGAACGGACUAUUGCAAAGCUCUCAAUUGCAGCGCGGCAAGCACAGGAACCUGAAUGUAAUGACUUGAAUGAAUCAGCAAUCGGAGCGGAGCUGGAAACCUUAAAGGCCGAAGCACAACGCCUGAAAGAUGAAUCGCAAGCGAUGACCAUCCGCAAAGCCGACUGUACUGAAGAACUUAAUCGACUCGCCUUGUUCCUACCCAAUCUUUCAUCCGCGGAGACUCCCAGAGGGGAUGACCCCCGGCUCGUUCACUAUCUCAACUUCGACCCUCAAGCGCCCCCAGCAUGGACACAAUACGCCGCCGCGGAUCUCCAGGCGCGAUCGCACGUCACUAUCGGUACGGAACUGGGUCUCUUGGAUUUCACUAGCUCCGCUACCACGACCGGAUGGGGCUGGUACUUUCUCAUCAACGAGGGUGCUAUGCUCGAGCAAGCCCUUGUCCAAUACGCACUGAGCGUGGCCCGGCGCCGCGGCUGGAAGACCGUCGCCCCUCCGUCCAUCGUCUACUCCUACAUCGCCGAAGCAUGCGGCUUCCAGCCCCGCGACCAGCACAAUGAGCAGCAGAUCUGGUCUAUUGAGCAGAACGAGCGUGAUCGCGAUUCCAAACCGCCCCGCUCGUUGACCGGAACCGCCGAGAUCCCUCUCGCGGCCAUGUACGCCGGUCGAGACAUCCCGGCCGCAGAGUUACCCAUCAAAUUGGUCGGCGCGAGCCGCUGUUAUCGCGCAGAAGCAGGCUCGCGCGGUGUCGACACCAAGGGCCUGUAUCGAGUCCAUGAAUUUUCAAAGGUGGAACUAUUCGCCUGGGCGGAUAACCUGAAUCCUACCGUCUCCACGGACAAAACUACGCCUACCUCGGAUACCUUGUUCGCCGAACUUCUCGACAUUCAGACCGAGAUUCUCACGUCUCUCGGUCUCCCCUGUCGAGUCCUGGAGAUGCCCACCGGUGAUCUGGGCGCGAGCGCCACCCGCAAGCGUGACAUUGAAGCUCUCUUUCCUUCGCGAUUCCGGCCAUCAGCCGACUCCACCAGUGCGGUGGACCCGACUGUGUCCAAUCUUGAAUCCGCCUGGGGCGAGGUGACCUCGACGUCUAUCUGCACGGACUACCAGAGUCGGCGACUGGGCACGCGCGUGCGUGGUGGCAGUGCCAAGGAGUCGCGUUUCCCGCAUACUGUGAAUGGCACCGCGAUGGCUGUGCCGCGUGUGUUGGCCGCGAUCCUGGAGAAUGGAUGGGAUACAGACCGUGGCGUGGUCGUUGUGCCGGAAGUGCUGAGACCAUGGAUGGAUGGGUUGGAAUCAAUCGGCCGUCGGGAUUAG